UAUGGACUUGAAUGAUGCAGUUUUAACCUGCGGUGUUAAUCUACAAUGGAUGAAUGUUCUUGGUGUGAUUGGUCGCAAACUCACUUAUAAGAUCGCCACAUUAAGAUUGAUACGAAAUGACAUACGUGAGCUCUUCAUUGAACUGGCUACGGACAAAAGUAAACCUCUAAAGUUCAGAAUGAAGAAUAUAAUAAUGCACAAGAAAUUCAUGUCUGAGGGUAAAGCAUCCAUUAAUUUUAAAACUGAAAAUUGCGUUAUGUAUAUAUCAAAUGCACCUCCCGCACCGCUGAUGUAUUUCUUAAGAACUGUUUUCAUUAAAAUAAAUGGCAAUGAACAAAUAGAUGAAAUAGCAGCCCAAAAGCAAUUGCGGGCACACAUGUUAUCGGAAAAACCGUCAAUAUUCGAGGAAGUAUCACCUGUUACAACAUCUGAAAUGGUUUUGGCUCGGAAGAAGGCUGGUCUCAUAACGAAAAAUACUCCUUUGUUGGGCGAGAGUAGGAAACGUAAAUAUGAGGAAAUCAGAAAUGGUGAUGGAUUGAUGAACAAAGCGCCUGCUGCUAAAAAACUUUACCAGGAAUCGCCACAAAACGAUUUGAAAGCAGAAGAUUCUAUAAAAUUGUGUACAGAACAGAUGGAAGUCUUGCGGGCUUGUACUUCUGGUAAGAACGUUUUCUUUACUGGUUCAGCGGGAACGGGAAAAAGUUUUCUACUUCGUAAAAUUAUCUCAGCUUUGCCUCCGGAUGGAACCGUCUCCACAGCUUCUACAGGUGUAGCAGCUUGUUUAAUAAGUGGAGUUACUUUGCACGGCUUCGCUGGUAUCGGAAGUGGUGAGGCUUCAUUGCAACGUUGCUAUGAAUUGGCGUCACGUCCUUCGUCAGCUCAAGCCUGGCGAAAAUGUAAACGGUUAAUUAUUGAUGAAAUUUCUAUGGUGGAUGGAGAAUUUUUCGAUAAAAUUGAAGCCGUAGCGCGUCAUGUACGUCGUAAUGAUCGCCCUUUUGGUGGUAUUCAACUUAUACUUUGUGGUGAUUUUUUGCAACUGCCGCCGGUGACCAAACGGAAUCCUACUUUAGGAAACGUUGACGCACAGCAGCAACGCUUUUGCUUUCAAUCAAACGCUUGGGAAAAGUGCAUUGAAUUCGUUUUUGAACUGAAAGAUGUUCAUCGUCAAUCCGACCCUGAAUUUAUAAAAAUUCUGAAUCAUAUACGUAUUGGCCACGUCAAUGAAGGAAUAACAAAGCGUUUGAUAGCGACUUCAAAACAGAUCAUUGAAAGUAAUGGCAUUUUGGCUACUCAGCUGUGUUCACACACUAAUGACGCCGAUUGCAUUAAUGAGACCAAGCUCGAAAACUUGGCAGGAGAAAAGGUUCUCUUUAAAGCUGAGGACUCUGAUGCACAUAUGACGAAACAGUUGGAUGCGCAGGUCCAAGUGACAUCAGAACUUUACUUGAAAGUUAACGCACAGGUGAUGUUAUUAAAAAAUGUGAAUAUAUCAUCAGGCUUAGUAAACGGUGCCCGCGGUGUCAUUGUGCGUAUAGAAAAGGGCCUGCCGGUAGUGCGUUUUAAAAACAACAUGGAGUACACAUGUAAACAGGAGAAAUGGAUUAUCAAAACCCCUUCAGGCGGAACAGUAACGAGACGCCAAGUUCCUCUGAAAUUAGCCUGGGCAUUCUCUAUACAUAAGAGUCAAGGACUAACACUAGAUUGCGUUGAAAUGUCGUUAUCAAAAGUGUUCGAAGCUGGCCAGGCCUAUGUAGCUUUAUCCAGAGCAAAAUCCUUAGAUUCUUUACGUAUAUUGGAUUUUGAUGCUAAGCAAGUAUGGGCUAAUGCUCACGUGCUACAGUAUUACAAAUUAUUCAGACGACGUUUACAAAAUAUCACAAUGAUACCUUUAGGAUCGAGAACCGCAGAAGAAAAGGAACGCAAAACUGCGAAAAAUGCAAAUAGUUUAGACAAAUUAAAAAAAAGUCUCAUGAACAAACCUUUAGUCUCCAUUAGUUAAUUCGUUGUAAUUGAAGACUGGC